AUGGAGCCCAGAGAAGCCGCUGGGAAGGAAACCAUGGGAAGCAAGAGGAAGAACUUGACCUUCUUGAGAUCCAGGCUGUACAUGCUGGAGAGGAGGAAGACGGAUACUGUGGUGGACAGCAGUGUUUCUGGGGACCACUCUGGCUCCUUGAGAAGGAGCCAGUCUGACAGGACCGAAUACAACCAGAAACUACAAGAAAAGAUGACUCCACAGGCUGACUGCUUCUCGUCGGAAACUCCAACCCCUGAGGAAGAGCAACAGGUGGAGCGGAUGAUGACAAAGCGGGCAAAGAUCAUCAGGGAGCUGAUACAGACAGAGAGGGAUUACCUCACAGAUCUGGAGCUGUGCAUUAGAGAAGUGGUCCAGCCACUGAGAACCAAACAGAUUGACAGGCUGGACAUGGAGGGCUUGUUUAGCAACAUUGAAUCAGUGCAUCAGAUAUCAGCCAAGCUACUGUCCUUGUUGGAAGAGGCCACAACAGACGUGGAACCAGCCAUGCAAGUAAUCGGAGAGGUAUUCUUGCAGAUUAAAGGACCGCUGGAGGAUAUUUAUAAAAUCUAUUGCUAUCACCAUGAUGAAGCACACAGUGUCCUAGAGUCCUAUGAAAAGGAAGAGGAGCUGAAGCAACAUCUGAGCCAUUGUAUCCAGUCCUUAAAGAAUAUAUACAUGCAAGAAGGCAAACCUAACCUGCUGGACAUGGGCUCUUUGAUGAUCAAACCCAUUCAGCGAGUGAUGAAAUACCCCCUGCUGCUGUGCGAACUCCGGAACUCGACUCCGCCCUCCCACCCAGACUACAGAGCCCUGGAGGAAGCCUUCACUGCUGUGAAGGACAUUAAUGUAAACAUCAAUGAGCUGAAAAGAAGGAAAGACCUAGUUCUGAAAUAUAAGAAGAGCGAGGAGGAGGAAUCCCUCAAAGACAAACUAUCUAAGCUAAACAUUCAUUCAAUUAGCAAGAAGUCAAAAAGAGUCACAAAUCAUCUGAAGAUCCUGACCAGAGGAGAGUCGCAGGUGAAAGACAAUACCUUUAACAGAGAAGAAAAGCUGUUUAGAUCACUAGAAAAGACUGUGAGACUUUGUGUGAAGAACGUUUCAUCCUGCCUUCAGCACAUAGAGGAAGCCAUGCCCUUCACUCUGCAGAGUGUGGCAGAGCUCCGUGAGAUUUCAUACAAGGAUGGAGAGAAAAACUGCACAGAACCCCAGAGUCAAGCUUCAAAUCCCUGCCAAGACUUUGCAGCUCGCUCUCAGAGACUCAUCCUCAGCCCCCUGUCAGCCUUGCUGUCCUUAUUUCCAGGGCCUCAGAAGCUCAUCCAGAAACGCUAUGACAAACUGCUGGACUAUAAUAGCUCCCUGCCACGGUCAGCAACCACUGAGUCAGACUUAGCCAAACGAGAGUAUGAGGCCCUCAAUGCCCAGCUGGUGGAAGAGCUACAAGCGUUCAACCAGGCUGCCAGGAAGAUCCUGCUGAACUGCUUGUUUAGUUUUGCCACCCUCCUCCGGGACUUGAUGCAGGUGGCUCUGCAGGCUUAUUCCACAGUCAAGACGGUACCAUUGCCAGUCUUGGGCAUCUCAGAGAUUCAGAAUCAAGUGCUGGAAGAGGUUCACAACUUGAAUUUUGUAAAGGACAACAGUGCCACCUUUAUUGAGAGGAAACUUAGCUUUGAGAAGAAGAAGCCUGCACAGGUUCUGCCAGAAGUGCCACAUCAAACUGACGUUCACCGCUCUAAACUUCUGUCCACAUAUGGAGCAGAGGAACUCUACCGAGCUAAGCGCAAAUGUAAUGCCACCCAAGAACAUGACAUCAAUCUUCUAGAAGGGGAGUUGGUAGCGGUCCUGGAACAAAAGGAUCCUCUGGGGAGUACAAGCAGGUGGUUUGUUGACACCGGAUUUGUAAAAGGCUACGUGUAUUCCUCCUUCCUAAAGCCCUACAACCCAGGGAAAGAGCAGAAGGUGGACACAGAGAACAGAUUCUGUGACGACGAUUUUGAGAACAUCAGUCUCUUUGUGUCUUGCCGGCCGGCUGGUGACAGGGUCAGCAUAAGCGACAGCAGCUCAUCUCUUAGUGGCUCUUGUGGGAAGUUUGAAACCAAUGGUGCUGAUGUUGAUAGUUUUCAAGAGGUAGAUGAGCAGAUUUUCUAUGCAGUCCAUGCUUUCCAAGCACGGAGUGACCAUGAACUCAGCCUUCAAGAGUACCAGCGAGUCCAUAUACUUAGAUUCUGUGAUCUAAGUGGGAAUAAAGAGUGGUGGUUAGCUGAAGCACAAGGUCAGAAAGGGUAUGUGCCAGCUAACUACCUUGGGAAGAUGACGUAUGCUUAA